AUGAAGCAGGUGACUGGAGAGGACCAAGAUGACUUCCAGCAUUUGCUACAACAGCUUAAAAUCACACAGUCUGUCGAACAGCUGGAAAAAGUAAGUGAAAGACACCGCUUUUGGAGUACACAGCCCGUACUCACGUUGCAGAAUACAGCUGAAGUACCCUCUCACUUUUCUCCCGGAUCUCUUGAUGCACCACAAAAGACACCGGACCAAGUACAACAAGAGCCGUACCACAUGCCGCCAGGCUUUGCGUGGUCCAUUAUUGACUUAAUGGAUCCUUCUCAAGCUGCCGAAGUCUAUGAGCUUCUAACGAUGAAUUAUGUUGAGGAUGUAGAAAGCACAUUUCGCUUUGACUACUCCGUCGACUUUUUGAAGUGGGCUUUAACUCCUCCAGGCUAUCACAAAAAUUGGCACAUUGGCGUUCGUAGCACACACAAUAAUCAGCUUAUGGCUUUUAUUUCAGGAAUUCCGGUCCGACUUCGCGUGUACAAGGAAAUCAUGAACAUGGCCGAGAUCAACUUCUUAUGUGUGCACAAAAGACUGAGAGAGCGACGAUUAGCACCCGUGCUGAUCAAGGAAGUGACACGAAGAGUGAAUCUUGCUAAUGUGUGGCAGGCCGUAUACACAGCUGGUGUGAUGCUGCCCAUGCCACUGGCGCAGUGUCGGUACUUUCAUCGAUCUUUAAACCCCACGAAACUGAUCGCAGUGGGCUUUUCUUCGCUAUCGUCAAACAUGACACUUGCACAGACCAUCAAGGCAUAUGAACUGCCAGUGCACACAUCGACCCCAGGAUUUAGAGCAAUGAAGCAGGCGGAUGUACCAAGAGUCACAAGAUUAUUAAAGGAAUAUUUGGCUAACUUUCACCUUGCGGCGGACUUUAGUGAAGAGGAAGUAGCACACUGGAUGGUGCCACGUGCUGGGGUCAUCAGCACGUACGUUGUGGAGAACGACGAUACAUUAGAAAUCACGGACGUUUGCAGUUUUUACCACCUCCCAUCGUCAAUCAUUGGUAACGAUCGACAGAACAAAAUUUUUGCAGCCUACUCAUUCUACAAUGUAGCUAAGUCAGUGAGUUUUCAGCAAUUGAUGCAAGAUGCGCUCAUCAUGGCGAAAUUGAAGGAGUGCGAUGUAUUCAAUGCUCUGGACAUCAUGGAAAAUGGUGAAAUGCUACGACCUCUUCAAUUUAGACCCGGCAGUGGUGAACUGCAAUAUUAUUUGUAUAACUGGCGCUGUCCGCAGCUGUCCAGUGACCUUGUGGGUCUCGUACUGCUCUAG